UGUUUCCCGACCGAUCUUCAAUCACUUCCGCUGCCGUUGCUGCGACACGGGACGUCAACAGCAAUGGCGGACAAAGAGAAACGCCGGUCCGGGGUUACUCUUACUGGUAUGCCCGAGGGCAAAGCCACAAAAUCGGACAGCGACAGGGACUUUCUGUCGCAGGCCGGGGUGGGAGAGCUGCUCCGCGGGGCCAUCCUGAAGAUGGUCGAGGCCAGAUCGGACGAUCCCAUCGGGUUCUUAGCCGACCACUUCUGCAACCUCGCCUCCGUGACAGAGACCGGCACAGCUGGAUGCGGUGAUGGAGAUCAGUUGAACAACGGCCCGCUGAGCGCAGGCGCGCAGGAGCAGCAGCAUCUCAACCGGGCGCUGUGGCACCUGCGGCUGGCGCAUCACUCCCAGAGAUCUGCCUUCAGCAACAACGUCCGUGUGGCCUACGACCUCCUAAACCUCACUGGGCCCGGUAGAGAUCCAGGUGAGGCUCCUGAGGGCCCUGAUGGCUCCAGCACUGACAGCCCUACAGGAGAGGAGGAGGAGGCAGGAGGAGGAGGAGGAGGGGUGAGAGGAGGCCUCUACACACAGACUCUGCAGUGCCUUUGCAGCGAAGGUGGAGUCCCUGCCUCCACCUCAGCCCCGCUCCUCCGACGCCUCCACUGCCAGGACCAUGAGGCCGUCCCUUACGAUGUCUUCCGUCAUGGCGUGCUCACGUGUGCCGUUUUCUCAGACUACAUCCGGCAGGCUCAGAGGCUUUACGCCGAGGUGUGCUGCCCGGACGAAGGGCCUGCCUCGCGGGCCCUGUGCCUGGCUGUGCUGGGGACCCUAAAGGAAGCCCUGGAGACUUCCCAGGGCUGCGAUGCAAACUGCUGUGCUAACGCUAACACUAAAGCUAAUUCCUGCCUGGAGACCAAUGUGAAGGCUAUCCGCUACCUGGAGGCCAGUGCCAAGAUCUCUCCCUGCAAGCUAGCUCAGGCUAUGUCCGGAGCACAAACCCGGGGUCCAGGUGGUAACAUGGACGCAAAGGAGUUUGAGAAUGCAGCCGCAGAGCUGUUUAUCACUCGUGUCAAAGUUGUAUCCUAGAUUUCUUCUCUAUUUUCUCAUAAUUUAUGAAUUUACAGGAACCUACAGUAUAUCAUAGAGUAAACAAGUACCCUGUGUAUACCUUCUCUAACCUCUAACCCACUGCUGCCUAGAUGGCAAAUUUCUGCACCUAACACCUAAAUACCACACUCACAGCUAUUACCUCCUCUCCUAACUGACACUAAACUCAGUAAUUCCACUGUUUGGUGGAUAACACUCGUGAUAAAACAUACUGUAUGAUGUCCGUCCUCAGUCUUAUUAAUGUCAGUGAUGUCUGCUGUGACUAAACAAGCAGCCACUGUGCUGUGUGUGAGGGACACAGAGUUCCUUUGGUAGACUAAAUAUAUUCCUUGAAAUCGGUAUUUAUCCUGACAGUUUCCUUUGUUGUUCAGCCUUCACCACAAAGUGCUCAAUUUAGAAAGUAACACUUUGUACUGAGCUACAUCCAAUGCACUCCAAUACAACAACCCUGUUAUACAGUAAAUCCUCUUUUUUUUAAACUUAUAAUUUUCAUGUUUGUUGAGACUGUCAGAAGGAUGUUGAAGUCUGUGUCAUUUUAGAGGCUGUAGUUUGUGAUGCUGUUGAACUCUAUUCUUAUUCUGGCACAUUUAUCAUGUUUUUUCUGCUUUUUUUUUUUAUAGAAACACGAGCCAAUCUCAUAUGCCCUACUGAUGAAACUACUGUAGCAGGAAACAUUUAGGGGAAUAAACGUGGAAUAUAAGAGGAAGUUGAUGUUCAGUUAUUUAUUUGAACUUGCUACUGCCAUUAAAGAGAAUGCAACUCAUCACACAUUUACAAACACAGAAAAAGAAAAAAGAUACAUUUACAGGCAGAAUAUUUCAGAGGCUAAUAUUGUACUUUUUACUCUCCAAAAAUGUAGCAAUAUAAAGAUACUUGUUACAUUGUAGAGUAAGAUUUUACACACAAAAAAAUUCAUCUUAUAAAAAGUGAUAAAUUGUUGUAGAUUAAACUACCCAGCAGUAUAAGAAGUUAAAAUUAGCUCCACCAGCUACAAAAUUUAAAUUCUGCUUACACAUUAAUGCAUCAGUAACAAUAAUCCUAUCAUAAUAAAUAAUACGACACUAACAAUGGUCUACUUUUACUUUUAAGUAUUGUUACUUCUGAUACUGUUUUUUGAGAUUUGGAAUGGAGCACAUUUUCUUGUCAGACACUAGAUGGCAGCACCUUUCUGGUGGUCAGAGUCAGACAUAACCAGGAAGAAAGCGGAUGUCCACAAGCUCGCAGUUCAUGGAGAAAUGACAGUAGAUGCAACAGCACCUCAUUGGCUGUAUAAUCUUUCCCCCAUAAGUUAAUGUCUUGCGCGCUGUCUCCAGGUUGCAGUUGUGAAAAUGGAGGAGGAGGAGCAGCUGCGGUCUUUCAUGUUCCUGCUGACUUACAUGCUGCUGAAGCGCAGGAGGGACAUAAACAACGCAAACAUCCAGAGACGCAAUGAGAUCCAAAGACGCAUUCGACACCGGCAGUACUUCUUCCAGAGACAGAGGAGGAUGCUCAUGAUGAUGAUAGCAGGAAGUAUCCGCUCCAACGUCCGCAUACGCACACGUCCCUGGACAACCACUCCAAGCACUGAUUGGUGGGAGCGGGUGGUGAUGAUGGAAUUCCAGCCUUCUGAUUGGCUGGAUAAGUUCCGUAUGAGCCGGGAGACGUUCUUCUACCUCUGUGACAAGCUGAGGCCCCGUCUGGCUCGCCAGGACACCAGCUUCCGCCUGGCGCUGCCGGUGGAGAAACGCGUAGCCUGUGGCUCUAUGGCGCCUGGCUUCAAACAUCGAGUACCGCACCAUCAGCACUCUGUUCGGCGUGGGGAAGUCCACUGUGUGCAGGUGUGUCAGAGACAUGUGUCACGCCAUCGUGGCGCUCCUCAGCUCAAUCUACCUGCGGCCCCCCAAUGAGCAGGAGCUGGAGGACUCAGCCCAGCUCUUCCUGUCCCACUUUGACUUCCCUCACUGUGUCGCUGCCAUAGCAACACUCCACACGGCUAUCAUCACUCCAUCAAACAAUGCAUCUGACUAUGCUAACCCUGCUGGCUGGCUCUCAGUACUGUCUCAGGUGGCUGUCAGUGGCCGGGGGCAAUUCUGGGAUGUAUGUGCCAGUUUCCCAGGCGGGACAGACCCAGCUGACAUUUUGCAGAACUCAUCACUGUGGGCCACAGCUGCAGAGGGUGGACUGUCGCCUACCCCGCUACGUGUCUUCAUGGGAAAAGCCACUCAGGUAAAGUCAAAGCCAGCAGCAUGACAGCUGCAUCAGUGUGGAAGACAGGGGGACAACACACAUCUCACAAAAUUUAAUAAUAAAAAGGCAAAACACUGACAAAAUUUGGUCUUUCAUUCAUUUACUUUACAUUCUGAUAUGUUGAAUUAUACCCUUUGGCCAUGAACAGAUUACAAAUUAAUUUAAUUUUAAUAUCUAGAUGCAUUUCAGGGUAUAGUUGACUGAAAACUAUCCGUUGUGUCCAGGUACGUGCUGCUGGGUGAGGCCUGCUAUCCACUCCAGAGCUGGCUGAAUGAAGACUUACCCUGAAGAAAAAGGCAGGAGGGGGAGUCACGCAGCUCUGAUGGAGCCACAGCAGCUUUUUAACCAGCGGCUCACCAGAGCGCUCCGCGUGUCCGAGGAGGCACUGCUGAGGCUGAGGGCGCGCUGGCAGUGCCUGAGCAAGAGGAACGACUGCGGGCUGGACGUGGUGCCCACCAUGAUCCUGGCUUGCUGCAUUCUGCACAACAUGUGCGAGUCCCACGGCGACGAUUUCAAGGCGGAGUGGCAGGUGGAGGUGGCCGAGGCAGAGAGCCCCCAGCCCAGCCACAAGCAGCUCCUCUCAACCAGCAUGGACCAAAGUCACGCUGAGGAGGUCCGGCACCUCUUCUGUGAAUAUUUUGAACAGCAAAUUAAUGCAUAAAGGAAUAAAAUGAUUGAAAACACUUAACUAUAGUAAACAUUUAUACUGUAUUAUAUUUUUUUGUCACACUAAUUACACUAUGUGUCUUCCAGAGAG